AUAUCACUCCGCUGGCAUGGAGGAGGAGGAGAGCACUUGAUCAUUGUGAUGGUGGCAGCAGCCGCGAGCGAAGCAGCAGCAGUAGCAGCACUAGCUCGGCGUUUGCGGGACUUCGCUUUAGUUACUCGUCCAAAGGGCACGAUUUGCAGCAGCCGCUUCCCACCGGGGGGAUUUUACCUCGACGCUAAUGAGAUGCAAGUUUACAAAACUACUUGGGAGCCUUGGCGCUGUAAACAGCAAAACUUUUUCUUAAAGGAAAACACAAUAAAGCGGCGACGGCGGCGAGCGAGCGAAGGACGCUGGCUCUGCUGUGCGUGAGUGAUGAGCGCUCGCGACAUCCGGAUCUCGUGUGGAGUUAAAGUGAAGCCCGCGCCGGGAGUGCGCACGGAGCGCCGCUACACUCGUGUUACUCCUCUGGCUUGGCAUCGCAUGGCUCCGUGCAGGCAGACAAGCACCUAACCGCUUGUUCUUGGUGGUUUUGAUUUUAUUGUCUCUUUCCCCCCCUUCCACCCCCGCCCCCUUGACCCUCAUUUCCCACCCCACUGGUUAAACAUUUUUUAAUACAAGAGGCUAAAGAAAGUUCUUCCAAAAUAGUGUGCACAGACUGUAGGAUGGGGGAUUUUGCAACCCCCGCUGCUGCAAACGGCAGUAACAUUUGCAUCAACAAUAAUAACAUAAGCAGCGGUAUCAACUCGAGUAACAAUAACAGUAACAAUGUGAACAUUCCUAAGCACAGCACCGUAGUGGAAAGGCUAAGGCAAAGGAUUGAAGGCUGUCGGAGACACCAUGUCAACUGUGAGAACAGGUACAAGCAAGCCCAGGCGGAGCAGCUGGAGAUCGAGCGCAGGGAGACCGUCAGCCUCUAUCAGAAGAGCCUUGAGCAGAGAGCCAAGAAGACGGCCAACAACAAACAGCCCAGCAAACAGCUGGACCCCGAGUCGGCAGCCACGGCCGAGCAGAGAAGCAGCACCCUCAUAGCGUUGCAAGAAACUGUGAAAAGAAAACUGGAUAGUGCCCGGUCACCUCUAAAUGGGGAGCAGAAUGGCAUUUGCGAUGGGAAUUUUUCACCAAAUACCAAAAGGCAGCGGAAAGAUGGACCUGGAGGGGGUGGGGGGCUGGAUCCCUUGGGUACUUUGCCAAGCAAUUUACCACCAGUACCCUCUGUCUCACCCCUCCACCAAAUGGACAUUAAGCCCUCACUGUCACUGCAAAACAACAACAGCAGCAGCAGCACUGGUAACAACCAUGUCACCGGCCGGCCGGAAGACCUGGGUAAAAAUGGAGGGUUGCCAGAUAUUAAACUGCAGGUAAAUGGCACUUUGGAACUGGACGAUAGCUUCAAUUUGCUGCAAAGCAAGGACCUGAAGCAAGAGCCCUUGGAUGACACAGCAGGGAUUGAGUCUUCAGAUACCUCCCUGUCAAAUCAAAACAAGUUAUUUUCAGACAUCAACCUCAAUGACCAGGAGUGGCAGGAGCUCAUUGAUGAGUUAGCAAACACUGUGCCAGAAGAUGACAUGCAUGAUCUUUUUAAUGAAGACUUUGAAGAGAAAAAGGAGAUGGAAUUUACAAGACCAGCUGUUCAGACUCCAUUACCUCAGGAACCUACUCCUCCAUCCCAGAAUAUGAAGAGUGACCCCUCUCGCUCCCCUUUCAGUCAAAUGCCUAUGGGUUCCCCUCAAGUCCGGCCUGCCUCAUCGGGCCCUCAGUUUGCCAGUGUCACAGCAGCUUCUAGCAGCACUCCACCACAGCAACCACAUCAACAGACAUCCUCAUCUGUAAUGGCAGCAGGAUCUCCAGCAAACUGUGUGGCUCGAUCUCCUCAGACACCCAACCAGGCCCAGAGUCAACCUUCCAGGCAAGGAAAUGGAUUUCUGAUGAAUCAAUGUCCUGGUGGCACAACUGGCUCAUCUGCCUCAGUGCAAGGGCCAAAUGCGCCAGUACCAUCUUCCUCCCCAGCUGAACAACUGAAGCAGAUGGCAGCACAGCAGCAGCAAAGGGCAAAACUCAUCCACCAGCAACAGCAAAGUACAACACCUAACUGGUCCCCUGCUGGACCACCUACUAGCCCCUAUGGUGGUGGUUUCAACCCAGACAAACCAAAUAGCCCAAUGAUGUAUCCACAAGCCUUUAACAACCAAAACCCCAUGGUGCCUCCUAUGGCGAGCAACCCGCAGAAGGCCAACAUGAAUAACUACCUCCCUCAGAACCAUAUGAAUAUGAUCAAUCAGCAGUCCAGCAACAUGGGUCAAAACACUAUCAAUAAACAGCCAGCUGGCAUAUUGUCAUACAGUAACACUAAGCCCCUUACCCACUUCAGUGGUGUUGAUCACAUGGGCCAAAGGAUGAGUUCUCCUGUGGCUACUCAAAAUAAGAAUCCCAUGAUGCCAUACUUGCCACAGCAAACAUCCCAACAGCAGCAGCAGGUUCCUCCUCAGGCCCAGACGCAGAUGACAGCUCAAGCGUCACACUUGACUGAAGAGCAGAAGCACAUGCUUCUUCUAAAGCAAAAAGCACUACUGAAUCAGGGCCUCUCUUAUGGCCCAAUGCAGCCUCAUGGCCAGGAACAGCUUCCUCGACAGGCAGCUUCAGUCCAGCCUUCUUUACCGGGUCCUGCCAAUGUAGCCCCAGUACCAAGCACGAACCCAGGAGCACCAGGUUACCAGCAGGCUGCUCUCAUGAAGCAGAUGAUAAUGGAGCAAGAAAAGCAGCGAGUCCAGUUACACUUGAUGGAGCAGCAAAAGCAGCUUCUAAGAGAGCAGCGACAGCAGCAACAGAUGCUGGCAGAGCAGCAGUUACAGCAGCAUCUACCCAGACAGCAUCCGCAGCAACAGAGGAACCCCUAUUCUGUUCAGCAAGUCACCCAGUUUCAAGGCACGCCACAGGAAAUGGCACGAACCCAGGCCCUGCAGAGCAUCCGCAACGCCCGUUUACUUCAGCAGCAGCAGCAACAGCAGCAGCAGCAACAGCAGCAGAGCCAGGGCAUGCUUCAGAUGGCAAGUGUCCAGAACUCAAGUGGAAUGUCAGCAGCCACAGGUCAGCCCGACAUGAGCAUGGCCUACAGCGGCACCCCAAGCGGCCAACAAGGGAUGUACAGUAUGAACCCUGCAAUGAACCAAAUGUUGCAGCACCCAAACCAAAGUGGCAUAACAAUGGCCCACAAUCCUUCUCAAGGACAGAGGCAGCCCAGUGCAGGACAAGCUGUUGGUAUGGUGGGUGGCUAUGGGCAGGGCAUGAUGAUGAACUCGGCUUUGUCCCAGCAACAGCCACAACAAAUGAAGGGACCGCCUGUCGGGCAAGCUAUGCCUAAGACCCCAGUUCAAAGACUACAGAGUAUGAUGGGAAGUGCCGGCCAGGGAGCACAAGGCUGGCAACAGCAACAGAACCUACAAGGCAUGGCUGGGCGGACUAGUGGUGAAAUAAUGACCUUUAAUAACAGCCCUGCUUACGGCGUGCAGACAGGACAGCCACGAAUGGCUAAGCAACAUUUUCCACAAGGACUGAACCAGCCUAUUGUGGAUCCUACUGGAAACCUUAGAGCCAUGAACCCUGCAUUGAGUGGGCAGAUAAUGACGCACAUGUCUGGUCAACCAAGGACCCAGCAGCCAAGACCAAUGGUCAUGGCUGGAAUGAACCCGGGUGUCCCGAAUAUGACGCCUUUCAGCCAGGGCCCCAGCCAGCAAAUGGGUGGCAGUGGGUCGUCCUAUGUACAGAGUGGUCAGCCUCACGGUUACCAGCGGACAGCAAGUCAAGAUUUGCCUUUCAGUUAUAGCGGUCAGUCAGCAGGGGCAGGAUCUUUCCCCCGAUUAGCCGACGGGGCUGACCUUGUGGACUCGUUAAUGAAAGGUGGCUCGGCAGACGAGUGGAUCGAUGAACUUUUUGGAAGCCAGUAGCCACUUUACACGCUUUAGGCGGAUGUUGUAUGUUUAUGAAGAUUUAAAGAGGGUCGGGGUUCCAUUUUGUUUUUCUUUUCGGGGAGGGGCCCAAGCAACGUUUAUCUGACAUACUCACCUGUGGAUGGUCCAGAAUGCAUUUUUAUACUUGCAAAUUGUUUUCUCUCGCUAGAAGAUGUUUCAUAAUUUGGCAGUAAACCUGCGUCUACAUAGUCUUUUAGAAGUGAGUCCAUUUUCAGUGUGUAUUCCUCCCUUUGAUUUCUCCACUAUCCCAUUCAAUUUUGGUCAUAUAUAUAUAUAUAUAUAUAUAUAUAUAUAUAUAUAUAUAUAUAUAUAUAUAUAUAUAUGACUUGAACAUAACUAGAAAAAAAGCAUCGAGUACUCGUAUUUGAUUGCUUUUCUGUCUUGAUAAAAUUUUAAAUGAGAACUGAAGUUUUUUAUUUUUUUAUAAAGAAUUUCACUGUUUUACCUGAGGCACAUUGAAGAAUUGCAAGUGUUUAAUGAAAAAAAACAUAAAUAGCUUUUCAAAAGGUUGGCUUUAACUGUGCAAUCGGUUUCUCUGAUCAUUUGAGCACGUCCAAAUCUGGGCAGUGGGUUGCAGUGGAAACCUCCUGAAGGCCCAGGAGCAAAGCCUGAGUGUGCCAAGGAGCGUCAGUCACUUGAACUGUCCGGCGUUGUCUCGUCAUUGUCAUUUCAAUGAUCCCUUACACUUGUGUGAUGUCCCGUGAGCAGCAACUGAAUGUAACCCAAGUGUAAACAUGUGUUGAUGUCAUACGUCUCCGUCUUAACAUUUAGUAAUUAAACGCUUUAGAAGAUUUUCUGGUCUGGUGAGGUUUACUUAACUAGAUCAGCGGUAACGUGAGAGGUGCAUUUUGUCAUUUUUGUCCUCCUAUUUUUGUCCUAUAUUAUGUAAGAACUCAGUUUUAAACAUUGGUAGGGAUCUUUUAAAGUAGGGUGAAAGAAACUGGCAAGGCAAAAGGGAAGGAGCAGGCGGCACAGGGUGGUCUGUCAGUUUGCCUCCUUUACUGCAAUAUUCAUAUAAACAUUCAGAGAACUAAAGAAAAGUGACUGCCAUAUUAUUUAACUUGGGCCAUGUGUACCAUCAGCUGCUCAGAUUUUUAAAAAGUGAGGAAAGAGGUUGGUUUGUUUUUGGGGGUUUUUACUUCAUGCUUUGUAUUUACUAACAACAAAAUUCAAGAAUUGAGGCAGGGGACAACUGUUUUAAUUUUUUUCUGUACGUUUGUUCCUGGGCUUCAGCAGGAGACUAGACUGCAAUCCACCGCACCCCCAAAUAAAUAACAAAACCUUCUUGUCUGCAGCAAUCCUUUCAACCAAACGUGAAGACUGCGUGCUGGCCGCGUUUCUCUCUGUCUCUCGCUCUCUCGCUCUCGCUUUGUGUGUUGUUUUGCAGGCCAUGGUUUGUGAUCUUUGCAUUAAAGCUUACGCUCUUCAGCUCUGCAGCUUCCAGAUGAUUUUGGUGGGCAGCCACCCCUGCUUCAGGUGUGCAAGCCAACCCCACCUCCCAGCUGAGCACAGGCGGCCGGGCCUCGGUCCACACGCAGCCUGUAGGUGGGCUUCCCCAGCAAUGAGGCCGUGCGAUCUUUGGAGGUAUUUAGGACCAAGACAAAGAAAACGAGCGACUUGUGCUUCUUUAUUAUUAUUUUGUGUCUUUCUUUUCUUUCUUUCUGUUUUUUUUUGUUCAUUUGUCUGUCAGUCUGUUUUUGUACUUUGGUGCUGACAUAGGCCUGUAUGUGAUAAAUUUAAAGACAGAAAAAAAAGCUAAAUUGAAAAAUAAUGGGUAUUUGUAAAUAUGUUUUUACAAGUUGAAAUACAUCAGAUAAUACUGGCUCUACUAUCUGUAAAAAUGCUGUUUGUUUAAAAUAGAGAAGUAUUUUUAUUUCAUUUUCCACUUUUAAACUCAUCAGAGCUAUGCCAUUGCACUUCAGACAAUGUCUUACUACUAAUUUGUACUGUAAACCUAUUUUUCUUUUAUUUUGGAGUUGUUUUUCUAGUUUGAGAUUUUACUCUGUACUUUAAGCAGUGCUUAUUUCUUUUUAUCUUGUACAGAAUUCUGAAAUGUUAACAGGAGAGGAUUACAGAUACAUCUUUUUUUUUUUUUUCCAAGAAAAAAAAUAAAAUGUUAUCUCAAUCAUAUGAUUAAAUUAC